AUGAAAAUAAAUUUAAUUAGGUCAUUGUCCUUAACACUUUCUCAAGCGCCAGCUCUUUUAUUACCUUUCCUUCUCAGUCCAUUAUCCGACAUUCCACCAAUAAUUUUACCAAUACAUAUUGUGUUAGUUGCUUUCCUCUUUCAAUUACAAUAUUGUAUUGGAUUUGCUUUUACUUCUUUUGAUUCAAUAAACCACCAUCAACAUUCUCUACCUACAAUUUAUUUUAAUUUAAUAUUGGCUAGUCCAUUGCUUGCAUUUUCUUCAUUAUUUAAUUAUUGGAAUACUUUAUAUUCCCAAAAUAUUUAUUUAGAACCCAAUAAUGAUGUUAAAGAAUUUUUUUCUCCUUUCCCGAUUAAUUCUACAAUUUCUUCAACAAUUUUAAAGCAACAAUUAAACCUUAAUGAGGCCUCUACAAUUUGGCUUUUUACUCUACUUUUUACCCAACAUUUACAUAUUCUGAUUUGUAUUGGGUUUACUAAUGUGUUUUGUGGGAAUGUUCUGAAAAGGUUGGAAAAUGUGUUUUUAAAAGAAAAUACAAAAAUCAGAAUUUAA